AUGUCCUUCGGUCCGUCCUUUUCAAAAUUCCUUUUGGCCAGGCUAUCUCCACCACAACUUGGACGUCGAGUCUGGCACUCAUCAACAUCCAAACAAUCCCGGAAUUUUGAACACGCUCAUCUUGCUGUCAUCAUCACACUUGGUUCCCUUAUUCAAGGCAAUCUGGCUGUGCCGAAGUUUUGA